AAACCAAACAAGAUCCAAUCUGUGUCGUCUGCUGUUGUGAUUGUGAUUGCUGAGCAAAGGAUUUAUUAAAGUAGGCUAUUGCAUUUAGAUAUAUUAACACUAAUAUAAACGUAUUACCAAGUUGAUUUGGUCAAAUUUCGUACACUUUUGAAAUCGUGGUAUUAUAUUAGUAUCCCCUAAAAUUUAUAUCUAAAAAGUUAUCUAGUCAAUUUAUUUUUAAAAAUGACAUCACCUUUCAAUAGAAAAUCCAAAGCUUCUAAGGAAGAGGAGAAUUCUGAAAUAACCAUCCAAGAUGUUUCCAAGGAAGCCCAAAGUCUAAUUGAUAAAGUUAUUGGAGAUGUUGGGAAAACUUCAGCUACACAGCAGUUGAUUUUGGGAACUGCCUCUGGAUGGCUGACCGGAUACUUGAUGAUGAAAGUGGGGAAAAUGGCAGCAGUGGCUGUCGGAGGAAGUAUUAUUCUUCUGCAAGUGGCCAACCACAAGGGCUACGUAAAAAUCAAUUGGGACCGCAUUUACAGAAAUGUUGAGGACCAGGUUGAAAAGAUUACCGAAGAUGCAUCCACCUCCAAGAAGGGGCCGAAAAUUCUGGACAAAGUUGAGAAGUUUGUGGAUCGCAAACUAGACAAAGCCGAGUCAUUGCUGAAGAAGAAGGAAAGGAAAGCAAAAAUGUGGUUCAACAAAGUAACAAAUAACGAGGACGACAUUGUUUUCCACGAGAUCCACGUGUUUAUGGCUUCUUUCUUCGCUGGAAUUGCAAUGGGAAUUGUUUUUGGAAAAAUACUGUAAAGAAAGCACAUGAUAAACAAAGCUUUCUUAUAAAGCAUCCACUUUGAUUAGUAACACGAGAUGUACUUAAUACUUGUAAAUACCAAAUGUUAACAUGUAAUUUAAACCAAACUAUCCUGUUACUAUGCUCGCAAUUCAACUUGUAUACCUUAUUGAUAUUUUUUAGCUUAUUAUUUAUAACCUUUUAUUAUACUCUUGUAAUUUUCAGUAUUGUUUUGAAUAAAUAAAAAUGCUUAGACACAAUCA